AAAUGGCUGGAGAGAAACAGUUAUGAGGAUCGACGAUUUUAUCAGUUGGUAGCCAGUGAGUCCAGCCCUUCAGAUGAAGAGCCUUCAGUUCCGGAGCAUCGCCCCUAAGGCCCCGGCCGUGGUGCCCUCCCCUUCCCCUGCGGUCCUGUCCUGCCAGCCUCCCUCUGCCCUCCCUGAGGCUACCACCGCCUCCAGCCCCAAGUCCAUCAUUAUGCCCACCCAAAACUAUGCACUGAUGCAAAUAGCAGGUCAGGAUGGCACUUUCUCUCUGGUGGCGCUGCCCCCUUCUGUCUCCUCUCAGGCACCACAGCAACAACAGCAACAAACCCAGUCAAUUCAAAAGAACCUCAAGUUACCCAUUCCCAGAUACCAGCCAGUGAGGAGCAAGGGGACCACAGAUAAGGUCAAAUCACCACCACUAGCUGCCAGGGUGAAAACAUCCUCCAAGGUUGCUGUGACAGCGCAGACCAAGUCAGUGGUGAGUGGGUCAUCAACAGUGAUGAAGCAAAAACAGCAGGAGUCCAAGCACACAAAGGACACCCUAGUGCCCAAAGAGGAGCCUUCAGAGAAGGUAAUUCUGAUUGACCCAGCCUCCUCUGACAUCUCUGUCACUGCUCUACUCCCAGACAAUGCUGUCCUGUACCCAGGUUCUCAGUUAGAGCGAGCAACUGAUGGCUCUGAACAACCUGCUACAACUGGUCUUAUUCAGAACCUCCAGUACCCCCCUGCUGCUGUCAAAAGCUCCCCAGGCAAAUCUCCGGAGGAAAGUAAGACUACAGUGAGGUUGAGCCGAUCUAAGCCAAAUGCAGUCCAGCCACAGAGCAGCAUCACUGUCCUGUCCCCAGCCAUCUUCAGCAAAGCAGUCCAGAUUAUCCCAUCCCCACCUAAGGGUAAACUGCCCAUCCUGCCCUACUCUAAAAUGAAAAGCACCCUCAUCCCAGCUGCCAAACUCAGCAGUAUGUCCCCAGAGAAGAAGGGUUUCUCUAGCCAGACAGGACUCACCAGCCUCUUAGAUCCUACAUCCAAGACCCUCGAGACAGCUGAAGCCUUGGGUCACAACCAGGUGCCAAACUCCACUCUACAGCCCCAGGCCAAGACCACACUCAUGCCUGUGUUGGGAACCCUCCAGAAACCACCUGGCAAGAAGAGGGGGAGGAAAAGAAAGACAAUGGAAGACAUAUUGGCAUUUGAGGCCAGAAAGAAGAGGUCCUUGUCUUUCUUCCGUAGAAGGGUCCCAGAAAAACCGCCAGCAGUUGUUCCAGGCUCCAAACAAAAGGAAGUUGAUAUUUCAAAGAAGUACCGCAGCAUCCGACCCAAGCCCGUGUUGGUUAUGGAGACAGUUCCCCAACUGGUUAGUUUGCCUGCCAUUACCCCAGAUGGCCAAGAACAGGAGCUCAUACUUGGUCAUCAACUCCCCACCACUACCACAACCAAGGCCCUGGACUGUCCACCCCAAUCAGCCCCAGUAACCCUCCACCUGAGAGGUGCCUCCCAUCCGAGAGUGUUCAUAGGCAGCCGUCCGCUCCUCCGUUGCCCCACCUGCAGCCGCUGUUUCCAGUUCAAGCAUCACCUCCAGAGCCACAUGAACAGUCACACCAACAGUCGGCCCUAUGUCUGCCCAGUCUGCCGCAAAGCAUACGCUCACUCCGGCAGCCUGAGCACCCACAUGAAGCUUCACCACUCUGAGGUACUCCCACGUCGGUCUCUAGGCUGUGAGUUCUGCGAGAAGGCCUUUGGAUAUGUGGGGGUUUAUUUCAGUCAUCUGAGAGAGGUCCACAAAGUGGUGCUGACCGUGGAGCCGUCCAUCAGCCAUCAUGAGGAUGACUUGUCUGUGGAGGGGGCCGAAUCCCCAGAGCCAUCAGAUGAGCAGGAUCGUGAAGACCCAGUGGAGCUGCAGAUUAAAUGUGGCCGCUGCCAGGCCAUCACUCCCACCUUUGCCGACAUGAAGAUGCACUUGCUGUAUGUGCAUGGGGAGGAGGUCCAGGUUAGACUUCAUGAGGGCCAGUCCCUGCGGGGUGGCCGCGAGGCUGAGAAUGAGCUGGUAAAGCAUGCUGCCCACUACUGGCGGCAGCUCAAUGAGAGGCGCAACCUGGUCAAGUGCGGUAGCUGCGAUGAGGAGUUUUUCUCCUUCUCCAAGCUUAAGAGGCACAUCAUGUCCCACCACCAAGGAAGGGAAGGGGAAAACAGCGGGACACUCUCAUCACCAGAUAGCGGUGGAGGCCUUGGGGUCCUUGCAGCAGGUGCGGCCUUUAACUGUGUGCUUUGCAGUGAGGUGUUGGACACUAAAGAGGGGGUUAUGGAGCACUGGAGGAGUCGCCACCACUGUGAGCAGCCCAGCCUGCUGUGGGACGCCCUGAGCUUGUACUCCGGACAGGAAGAGGGUGAGGCAGACGGGGAUCUGGACACUCCUGCUCCAAGCCCACACUAUCCAGCCUAGCCCUUGGAUGGGCAUGGAGCCCUUCAUUGUGGCUCCUCCUCAGACACACUCAGUCCUAACAAUCAGCAGCACAGGGAUGAAGAUUUUCUCUUAUGUCUUUUAGCACUAGUUUCAUCUUUCACCAGUUAACUCAUUUGACUUGGUCCAAAAGAAGAAGAAAAAAAGGAAAUAGAAUAUCAAGCCAAUGGUGAAAAUUGAUCUUUGAGUUACAAUUCAUAAGGGAUUUUCUCUUUAGGUCAGAGAAUCCAAUUUUAUAAACUAUUAUUUUUCAUGUUGUUAUUUUGAUUGCACUGUUCUGUUUAUGAACUUCAUUUUGUUUGAAGGUAUGUAUUUAAUAUCCUGUUGGAUUAUUUUUUCUACUGUUUAUUUAAAUGUUUAAAAGGGUAAUUUAUAACCUAGCUGACAGUAAAACUGUUAAAUGGUCUUUUCACCCAAAUACUUACCUCUUGUGGUAUCUAGCAAUGCAGAUAAUUUGGUUUUAUGUGCUUAGUUUUUGAGAUAGCUGCACUAAGAUUUCUGCCUCCACUUUAUGCCUUGAUUAGAUAGUGAUAGCAGAGAGAUGACAAGAAACGUGGAGGAGAGAGAUCCAACAAAGGUCUCUGGCAGGAUUUGAACCAGAUUGCAGUUCAUAGUUAGUGUCCCCGAAGCCACGGGGGCUCCACAACUUUUUUCUUGAAAGACAAAUUGCUGUUAAGUUUUUAAUGUCAUUUUUAAAUACUGUGAGCACCACAAACAAAAUCCCAUUCAGCUCCAUUUUAUAGGGGUGGAGACAGAAAUCUCAAAGAUCACAUCUCAACUGAAACUACAAAAUCUGCGUGGCUAGAUACCACUAUGGGAAAGUGAGAAAAUGUUUUUUUAAUUGGGGUGGACUGGCCCUUUAAAAUAUUGAGAAAUGUAAAUCACAUAACAAGGGCACACUGUCGACUAUCACACUGGCUGAUAAUUUAUCUGUUGGCCUUGGAUUUUUACAGUUUAAAAGAAACCAGUAUCUGUACACAAUCAUUUGAUGUAAUAUUGCUCCUGUAAUGGUAAAUCAAUAUUUUCAGCUAUGACUUGAACUUUCAUGACUUGAUUUAAGGGCAGUAUUAGGGUCCUCUGUCAACCUGGACUCAUGAAGGAACACUUUCCUAACCAGCACCCAAGUGACAUCCUUGUGGCCUUCUGAAAAAAUCGGUGUUCAUGCGUUAGUGCGGUCCUCUGUACACCAUGUUCUAUCUCCUUGACUUGUUGAUUAAUGCCUAAAUGUGUAUUCUGUGAUAUGCCAAGGGUCUUUUCACACUGGUGAUUGUAAAAGUGAGUUUUGCAUUUAAGCUUUUUAACCACUGACAGAGUACUAUUUGUUGACUUAGUAAAUACGCAAAGGAAACCAUCGAAUUGCCUACCUGUUGUUGCCAGCUCAUGUACGCACCUGUGGAAUUGUGUGCACCCAGACUCUAUUAUUAGGGUUGAUAUAAACUGUUGUCAAGUCCAGAAAAAUAUGCUAUUUUAUACUCUAGAUUAAUACAGGGGUCUUUUAGUAUAUUUAUGCUUGUUGUUGGUCCUUAAAGAACCAGCACUGAGACAUUUGUUAUUUGCUUCUUCUAAUUUGGGGGAUGCUUAAUGUCUUGUUUCUUGGUUGGGAGGCCAUUGCUACAUGGCAAGUAGCUCUACUAACAUUUGUCUGUGUUUAUCUUUCAUAUGAAGAAAAAAAAACAUAACAGGGUCAAGUGAAUGUACCUGAAUGUUUUAAAAACCCUACCAAAAGUAUAUAUGCUAUAUAGACUUAUUCUAUAGAUAGAAUAUAUAGAUAUAUUGAGAAAAUAUAUAUAUAUUUGCAUAGAGUAACUAGUGAACCAGCUGCUUUGUUCUGUCACAGUGGAGGAGGGAAAUGAGAGAUGAAUAUACAGUAUCAUUGCCAAAACUGGCAACAAAAGCCAUGUAGAGCUGUCCUUUUGUUUCUGACACAAAAUGUAGGACUGUAAAUGAAGGGCAAAGCACUGAUGUGUACAUGUGGGUAAACUACAGUAUACUGUACUACUGUUCAUUGAAUGCCAUGUUUGAGUGUUCAUCAGUGAACUGUCCUUUAUUUUCAAGCCCUCAAUACAAACCAGGAAGUGACAGAAUUAAAGGUCAGACUCUUCUUUCCUCAGUUAGAUGAGAAACAUACAUGACUGUCAGCACAAGUUGGAAAGUGAAAAAUCCCACAUAAGGUGAUAUAAUGUGUUUGGCUCACCUAAUAUGUUGACUGUGUCCAAAAAAGAGACUGAAAGUGUUUGUGCUUGUGACUGUUUGUGUACCUGAAGAACCUGAUGUUUAUGAGAAUAAAUAUAUGAUUUGUUGAGGA